ACUGAUGCCAGUGUAAUCCCAACUUUACCUCCCCCACCUCCUAACCCAUGGGACAACAUCACUAUUGACUGGCCAGUAGAUUGUGGAAACCCAGAAGUGAAACCCAGCACAGCCACCCUGAGGGUCGUUAAUGGGGUGGAGGCCACCCCCCACUCCUGGCCCUGGCAAGUGUCAAUGCAGGCUACACCGAUGCUUCCUAUACCUUACAUGCACGGUUGUGGAGGAUCUUUGAUUCAUGAAGACUGGAUCCUGACUGCUGCUCACUGUUUCAUGGUCCCACUGAAUCACCACAUGAACUCCUCCAUGGACGUUCCCUCAGUAGAGGAGUGCUAUAAAGUGGAUGCCAUCAUCCGCCAUGAGGGCUUUGUGUACGAGCAGGAUCGCACUGACAUCACCAAUGAUAUAGCCCUGGUGCAUUUGGCCAAGCCUGUGAACAUGACAAGGGAGAUCAGCCCCAUCUGUCUGCCCAAACCUGGAGCUGUGAUGCCUGCUGGGACGCCCUGCUUUGUCACAGGCUGGGGAGAUGAGAAAGGUAACCUGUUUCCCAAAGUGGCUGAGAAGUUAAACCAGGCAGCCCUCCCCGUUGUAGACUUCCAGACCUGCAGUAAGCCUGCUUACUGGUGGGACACCCUCAGACCCUCCAUGAUUUGUGCUGGCUACGAGUCCCCAGAUGAGCUCAAGUCAGCCUGCCAGGGUGACUCUGGAGGUCCUUUCGCCUGCGCGGCCGCUGGAACAAACACGACCUGGGAAGUGCACGGUAUUGUCAGCUUUGGACCGCAGGGCUGCAUCAAAGACAAGAAACCUUCAGUGUUCACCCGCGUCUCUGCCUUCAGUGAUUGGAUAGACCACAACAUCAAGAAGUUUAUAUAUGAAAAUGGUAAAACUAACUGAAGCGCCUGUCUUGAAAUAAAAAUUUUGACAGUG